GGAGGAGGUUUCAAUUAUUCCAACAGCUGUGCCCCCUCCCUCGUCUACCCUGCAGUAAAAAAUACCUUAACUCCGUCUUUCAGUGGAGUGGGUGGAGGCUGUGUUUUUGGCUGAAAAAUACAGUCAGUUUAACACUGCAGUCAGGGCGACAGCGGAGAAAGCGAGAAAAACAGAAAACAACACGACUCAGAAGAGAUGGCAGCAAUUCGGAAGAAGCUGGUGAUCGUGGGGGAUGGCGCCUGUGGGAAGACCUGCUUGCUGAUCGUUUUCAGUAAGGACCAGUUCCCGGAGGUGUACGUGCCCACAGUGUUUGAGAACUACAUCGCUGACAUUGAGGUGGAUGGGAAGCAGGUGGAGCUGGCUCUGUGGGAUACAGCAGGACAGGAGGACUACGAUCGGCUCAGACCGCUCUCCUACCCCGACACCGACGUCAUCCUCAUGUGCUUCUCCAUCGACAGCCCUGACAGUUUAGAGAAUAUCCCGGAGAAGUGGACCCCCGAGGUGAAGCACUUCUGCCCGAACGUGCCGAUCAUCCUGGUGGGGAACAAGAAAGACCUGAGGAAUGACGAGCACACGCGGAGAGAUCUGGCCAAGAUGAAACAGGAGCCUGUGAAGCCGGAAGAGGGCCGGGACAUGGCUAACAGAAUCAGUGCCUUCGGCUACCUGGAGUGCUCUGCCAAGACGAAGGACGGAGUGCGAGAGGUAUUCGAGAUGGCCACCCGGGCCGCCCUGCAGGUCCGGAAACGAAGGAGGAGGCAGCCCUGUCUGCUGUUGUGAGAGGACUUCAGCAAGACCUGUCCGUACUGUAUCUCUCUCUGUCUGUGUCUCUCUCACGCACACAUUUCACACCCCCAGAGAAACCAACAAGGCUGUAGCAGAGGGUAGUACAAGUUCAUAAUGAAUGGUUUUUUUUGGGGCCCUAAGAGUCAGUCCUUUAUUUCACCGGCGCAUCUUGCUGCUUCUCGUACAAAGGUGCAAGAUGAGCAAAAUAGAAAUAUUAACAGUAAUAAUAAUAAUAAUAAUAAAUGUAUAUCUCUUGCACAGUUUUGUAUGUCUCUCUCGCUCUCUCACCUCAGCCCCCUGGCACUUUUAGUAGUUGGGGGAGGCAGUUUGUAUCUCAUUCUACAUGAAAUAAAAAAAUGAUUUUUUUUUUGCA